AUGUGUUACUAAAUGUACUUGUUACAAGUGCUAAUACAUUUUAAUAUUAUUGUGACAAAAAUCGAAAAAAAGUAAAAAAUGAUCAGCUGAUAAGAGCAUAACCUGAAUAAUAUGGCGUCAAUACUCGCUACUAAUUGGAAAUUGCGUAUUGAACAAACAAUAGAACAUUUAUAAAACAGUUGAAUGUUGUGUUAUCAAAAAAAGUAUAUAAAGAACAUAGUACAGUAAAACUACGUUAAGUGAAUAUUGAAAUAAAUAAAAAAUGCAGUGCGGUGAAUUAGUGUACCGUAAAGUGCCUUUAAUAUCGAACACGGACAAUACAACAAAUAAUUUAACAAGCAAUAUGCUUGGUAAUAUUAACAGCACUAUGUCGAUUAGUUCAAAUAGCAUUAUUAAACCACCGAUUAAAUCGGAAAAAGAGACAAUACAUUCAGGUCAUUUUAUGGUCUCACAUUUUGAAGCUGAAGAACAAGAUGAUGAAGAUGAGUUAGCUGUACCUGUACCGGAUGCUGAGCAAAUCAGUGGCAAAUUAACAAUAGUUGGUGUCACACCAGCUGGAAUCAAUGCACAAGCUUUUAUUAAUGCAAACGUACAUGAUCGGUCAAAUAAAAAUGAACUUUCAAUUGAGACAAGUCUUACAAAAUUAUUUCAAUGCAUGUCAUUGGCAUACAGACAAAAAUUAACAUCACCAAAAUGGAAUCGAUUUAAAGGUAUUCGUUUAAGGUGGAAAGAUAAAAUUCGAUUGAAUAAUGUAAUAUGGAGGUGUUGGCACAUGCAGUUUAUAAUGAAACAAAAUACAUUGGUCUGCCAGUUUGCAUCACCAUUAGACGUGGACACUCAUAAUAAGCCUGAGGCAGUGGUUUUAGAAGGAAAAUAUUGGAAAAGGCGCCUAGCGGCAGUUACAGCUGAGUAUAAAAAAUGGCGUUUAUUUCAUCGAAAUCGUAUCCUUGGUUGCAACAAAGAUGGUUCAGAUGUUUUAUCAGAAAUGGAUAUGUUGGAUUGGCAACCAAACAGCGAAGAAGGAAAUAUGAUGAUGGUCGAUGAAGAUUACAUGGAUUUUAUGGCUGAUACAUUAUUUUCAACCAUUCAAUCAAAUCAACCAUUUGCUUUCCCUGAUUCUAGAGAAAUAGCACGUGCCGGUCUUGCCGAUUUUAUUCAACCAAGUUUGGGACCAUUACAACCAAAUUUGGAAGAUUUUAUGGAUACAUUUGAACCAUUACAAGAAUUGAUAUGUUCAAAACUAGCACCAGUGCCCGAAGAACCCAGUAAUGAAGAAAUGUUUCGAUCUAAUUUUGUUGGUUUAGAUCUCAUGCCAGCAGAAUCUCAGCAACAGCAACAAAAUCGGAUAUCGCCAAUGAUGUUACAACAACAAUCAACAUCAGUAGUAUCAACACUGCCAUCUUCCCAACAGCAGCAAACUGUCGUUCAGCAACAAUACAUCCCGCCACUUAAACUAGAACUAACCGAACAACAAUAUAACGCCGAAAUUUCUCAGCAAAUCAACAAUUUAUAUGAACAGGCAACAAAUUUACAGCAACAACAACAAAAUUUGCAACAAGAGGAAGCAAACAUUCAACAACAACAACAAAUAUCAAUUGUAUCUCAGCCAACUACCACCAGAUGUCAUCAACCGCGAAUUAGUCGAUCAAUUCAACGUUCAAAUAAAUUAAAUCAACGACAACAAAGUAAUGCAAUACAACAACAAGUUUUACAACAAUCGAAUACAGUACAAAAUUAUCAACAAAUGACAACAAAUUAUAAUCAGCCUUAUGAAAACUUACAACAGGAAACUUCAACAUAUCAAAAUUAUCAAACUAUUGACAUGACGACAGGUAAUACAACAGUGAAUAUUCGACAACAGACAACAACAAAUAACAAUAAUAAUAGACCAUCAAGAUUACAAAGUGAGCCAUUCAAGAUGCCACAAACGUCACAGAGUUUAAUGAGUGGUGGUGGAGUUCUGCCAUCAACAACGCAUCAAACGAAUCAACAUCAUGUAAUUAAUCAACAACCUAAACAAUCACUUACAAACAUACGUACGAAUCAACAGCAGCAACAGCAACAGCAACAAGUUGUUAAAUUUCAAACGUCAAAUAAUAAUUUUAAAGUUCCAACAUUGCCACCUGUGAAUCAACAACAAAGUUGGUCACCUCCACCUUCUCAACAAGUACCACAAACAAUGCAACAACAACAGCAACAAACACCUCAAGCGUAUUCGCAACCUGUACAAUUAAUUCAAGUGUCCGAUCUAAAUAUAUUACAGAAUAAUCAACAAAUAAAAACAACUGGAGCAGGAAAUGCAACUUUAUCACCGAUGUCGAAUGUUAACAAAUACACAUCAAUAAAACAAAGAGGUAGAGUUAGAAGUCUAUCUGUGGGACCCAGACAACCUCCACCACCACUUAAAUCUUCUGCUAGUGAUCCAGCCCUUUUAUCAAACACUAAUAGUGUCUUAUUAGCUCAUCUUCUUACAAACAAUACUCAAACUGUUUAUAAUUUCAAUAGCAGCACAAAUACAAAUGAGAAAUCAAAUUUAUUACAAUCUGGAAGUGUUGUUACAUCAAAUAUUAAAAAUAAUUCAAGUAAUAUUCCGAUAUUAUCAGUGCCUUCACAACCAUCGACAACGACAACUUUACUCAUAUCAACGCCUGUUCAAUUGCCUUUAGAAGUACAAUCACCAUUAUCAUUACCACAAAAUCAAAUAAUAUUAAAUUCAAUAGGAUCAAAUACAAAUUUAACAACAAACAGUCCAAAAUCUGUAACAAAUGAAUCACCAUUAUCACCUUUAUCACCUGCUGAAUCAUUAGGUUCACCAAGUAUGCGAAAUGCAGAUCGUAGCCCGGGGCCACGUGACAGUCGACGUGUUGUACAUAUUCAUGCUGAACAAAAACGACGUUAUAAUAUUAAGAAUGGUUUUGAUACAUUACAUUCGCUUAUACCACAAUUAAGUCAAAAUCCAAACGCUAAGUUAAGCAAAGCAGCCAUGUUACAAAAAGGUGCAGAAUAUAUUCGUCAAUUAAAAGCGGAACGGAGUCAAUUAAAAGAAGAAAUGGAUAAUUUACGGCAACAAAUUGAAUGUUUAAAUACAUCCAUCAGCAACUGCCAAUCAAUGUUACCAGCGACUGGUGCGCCUGUAUCACGACAACGCGCGAGUAAAAUGCGUGAAAUGUUUGAUGAAUAUGUAAGAAAUCGAACUGAAGAAAAUUGGAAAUUUUGGAUUUUCAGUUUUUUAUUUGAGCCACUGUUAUCUUCAUUUAACAGCUCAGUAUCUACAUCAAGUCUGGAUGAUUUGUAUCGUUCAACGUUAUUAUGGAUUGAACAACAUUGCUCGUUGGUGGAUUUGCGACCAGCUGUACUUAACAAUUUGCGUGUAUUAAGUACAAAAACGGAUAUAUUAUCAGAUCCAUCAAAAUUACCAGACGAAGCUCGACAAGCUGCAGCUGCAACAAAAAAUUUAAGAAUAUCAAGUCAUCAUCAUCAUAGUCAGUAGCAUUAUUUUAUAUGCUACAUCAUUUAAAAAUCAAGAGAAAGUUCAAUUAUACAUAAAAAAUGAUAUCAAUCAAUUUCUUCAUAGUAGGGCGCUUUAUCAUAAAAAUGCGAACACACUGAAUACAAGCACCAAAUUUUUAGUAGAUACUUGUCAGGAGCUAGGCUUUUAAUUUGUGAUAGGGUAGAAAAAUGAUAUUGAAUUGGUCACAUUAUCCAUAAAAAUGUAAAAAUAUUCUUGACGCGAUAACAAAAUUUGAAAGUUAAAUUAAAAUUGAUUAAAAACGAAGAAGUUAAAAGCAUACAAAUACUGUUGCCCGUCUCUUUCUUGCAAAAUAGACUUUUAAUUGAUUACAAUCUCUAUGGCAAUACUCAACAAUGUUGUCACUCUUUAAGUAUCCUCCUAUUUGUUUAGUUAUUACUUUAUUCUGGAAUAAAAAAUUUCUGGUUCUGUAACACUCUGUACUUGAUAAUAUAUUAUAUUUCAAAAAGGCCGCUAUAAAAUCCAUGAUAAGCAACAGAAGAGUUGGAUCCUAAUCCUACCAAAAAUUAAAAGUGUAGUACUCGAAUAGCAGCUGAUUAAAAUUUGGCAGUUGUAUUCUCAGUAUGUCCACAAAAAAAUGAAAUUCGAUAAUAAGGUGUCCACUAUCAUCUAUCAUCGUAUGUUUGUGAUAAAAAAUAAAGAAAUAAUAUAUAAUUUAUGUGCUUCCAAAAUAUAUUAAUAUCCUAUA